AUGCAGGGCUUCAACAUGGGACGCUACGUCCCGCCCGACGUGGAGGGCACCACCUCGGGCAACAAGCUCCACGGCAAACACGCCCUCGGCGCGCGCGCCUCCAAGCUCGCCUCGUCCGGCAUUCUCACUGUCCGCUUCGAGAUGCCGUACGCCAUCUGGUGCUCCACCUGCCCCAAGCCCACCAUCAUCGGCCAGGGCGUGCGCUUCAACGCCGAGAAGAAGCGCGUCGGCAGCUACCACUCGACGGCCAUAUGGCAGUUCCGCAUGCGCCACGCCGACUGCGGCGGCUGGAUCGAGAUCCGGACGGACCCGCAGAACACGGCGUACGUCGUCGUCUCGGGGGCUAAGAAGCGGGACACGGGCGAUGACGGCGACGACAACAACAAGACACCGAGGGAGGGAGAGAUGGUCAUCAUGACGGACGAGGAGCGCCAGAAGCUGCGCAGCAGCGCGUUCGCGAGCCUCGAGAAGACGAUCCAGGACCGCGAGCAGCUGGCGCAGGCGACGGAGCGCAUCGACGAGCUCGAGGACAUCUCUAAGAAGCGGUGGGACGACCCCUACGCGCGCAACAAGGCGCUGCGCAAGACGUUCCGCGCGGGGCGGCAUCAGCGCGAGAAGGACGCCGCCGUGGGCGAGGCGUUGAAGGACAAGAUGAGCCUGGGCAUCGACCUCGUCCCCGCGACGGAGGAGGAUGCGCGGAGGGCGAGACUGGUGGAUUUCGGGCCCGGAGAUGGGGACGCCGGUGAUGCGGGUCACAAAGCGCUUGCAAAGCCUCUUUUUUCUUCGACGGCGCCGGCGGCUGUGGACGGGAAGACGAAGACGAACGGCAAGGCGCUGCCCAAGGGGACGCCCAAGGCGGAGGUGCUGGCGUCCAAGAGGAGGGAGGACAUUGUGUCCGAGAUUGUCGGGAACACGCGAAUGGCGCGAGACCCGUUUCUCGUGGAGCCCAAGACGGAGCGGACGCCGGCAAGAAUCCCCGGCUUGAAACGGAAGCGCGGCGUGGAGGAGAAGGAGGAAGAAAAAGAAAGGGAGAGGCCGAAAGCUAUUGAUGAUGGUCGGCCGAGUUCGGCCCCCUCUAAAGCAUUGGUGGGGUAUGAUUCCGAGUCGGACUGA